AUGUUAUCACCUGUACUCAUGGAAAGACGUAACUCUCAACAUACAUUAGCAAAUUCAGGUGCGAAUGGAUCAUCGUCUUCGACUGGAUAUUCAGAUAGGAUGGGACAUGGUCGUACGAAAUCAUUAGGAGCUAUCAAUUUCGGCAAUCCACCUGGAAGUCCAAAACCCAUAGGUAUAUCAAGUCCGACAGUAGGCAAUGGUCAUGGUAGUUCAGAAUAUGAAUGGGCUGAUAUUCAAGCUAGAACGUUUUGCAAGUGGCUCAAUAAACAACUUGAAAGUCAAGGGCUAGAUCCUAUGAUAGAUCUAGUAAGGGAUUUCUCAAACGGUGUGAAGCUUAUUCAAGAAAUAAUGUCGGAAGAAUCUCUAGGACGAUACGUCAAGAAACCAACGAUGAGAGUACAGAAAUGUGAAAAUGCAGCAAAGGCAUUGAAUUUCAUAAGGAGCAAAAGUAUCAAAUUGACUAAUAUCGGUCCGGAAGAUAUUGUUGAUGGUAAUCUGAAACUAAUAUUAGGAAUGAUAUGGACUUUGAUUUUGAGAUUCACCAUAGCCAGUAUAACUGAAGAAGGUCUAUCAGCAAAAGAUGGCCUUUUACUUUGGUGUCAAAGGAAAACAGCACCUUAUAAUCCUGAAGUAGAUGUACAGAAUUUCAAGAAGAGUUUUGCAGAUGGUCUAGCUUUAUGCGCACUGAUACAUCGACAUCGACCUGAAUUAUUAGAUUAUCAUUCAUUGGAUAAAACGGAUAAGAGGGGAAAUACGGAAUUAGCGUUUAAAGUAGCUGAAGAGAGACUUGGUAUUCCACGCUUAUUAGAAGUAAACGAUCUAUGUGAUGUAGAAGUUCCAGAUGAGAGAUCGGUCAUGACUUAUGUAGCAGAGUUCUUCCAUAAGUUCUCGAGCGAAGACAAAGCUGAGACAGGAGCUAGGAGAGUGGAGAAAUUUGCUGAGUUGAUGCAGGGUCUUUGGACAAACAAAAACGAUUUCGAGCGACGAAUGAAUGCCCUAUUAUCCUCUCUCGACUCGACACUACAUUCAUGGUCAAUAACACCUCAAUCUACAACAUAUCCAGAAGCUAUAUCACAUUUGAACAGAUUCAACGAAUAUAAGAAGACGACUAAACGAGGCUACGUGAAAGAGAGACAAGAAUUAGCAGCGUUAUACAGUAAUAUACAAACGAAAGUCAAAACGUAUGCGCUGAGAUCUUGGGAACCGACACCUGGACUAAGAUUGGAAGAUCUGGAGAAGAGCUGGCAGGAGUUCUUGAUUGCUGAGACAGGGAGAAGUAGGGGUAUCAACGCGACCAUCAGGGACAUCAAAGACGCUUUAAGGAAAAAUUUCGCUAGAGCCGCCGAAGACUUUGUGCUAAGACUACAACAGAUAGAGCAAGCUAUUGGCACUCUAAGAGGACCCUUACCCGACCAAAAGCAGACUUUAACCAAACUCUCAUCCUCAAUUCCCUCACUCCAUCAUUCCCUCACGACCACAAUCGCGGAUAUCAACAAUGGCUGCCUAGAAGCCAAAGUGGAAGAAAACGAUUACACCGUUUUGACGUAUGACGAUUUACAAUAUGAGUUGGAACUGGCAGAAGGUGGAGUGAAGAAGAAGAUCGCUUUUGUGGAUAACCAGAUGGUUUCUGCACAACAUACGAAUGUCACCCCUGCUAAAUUGGAAGAAUUCGAAGCUACUUUCAAGCAUUUCGCGCACGAGGAAAGCAACACACUUGAAGUAUGGGAAAUGCACGCUGCUUUAGCUUCUUUAGGUAUCGUUUAUGCGGAAGAAGAGAUCGCCAUAAUAUAUACAGAGUUGCAACAGAAAUUUGGUCAGAUCACUUAUGAAGCUUGGUUGGAUCUCCUUGUCGAUCUCACCAAAGAUGACGCUUCUUCUCCUGAACAGCUGAGAGAAGCAUUCAGAGGUAUGGCAGCAGACAAGCCUUAUGUCACGGACAUCGACUUUCAAUACGCUCAAUUACCAAAAGAAACGGUCAGAUUCCUUGUGGAGAUUAUGCCGGAAGAGAGAAACCCUCCUCCACUGCAAGAAGGUCAAGAGAGACCGGUUGGUAAUGGUCAAAGGGCGUUUGAUUAUCACGCUUUCCUAGAAGAGUCUUUCACAUCCUAG